AUGCCAGGCCUCCAAGAACCGCCGUCUGAAUCCGCAUCGACAUCUACAACCACGGGCAUGGCCGCGACCACGGUGUCGUCGCACGCGGCCGAGCACAUCGCCCUGAUCGGCGUCGGCGCCAUAGGAAUCUCCUUCCUGGCCCUGCAUCUGACCUACACGGCCGCGCGGGUGUCGGUGUUCGACCCGCGCCCGGACUUAAAGGAGCACGUCGCCGCUAUGCUGCCGCUAUACCUCCCGACUUCUCCGCCAGGGUUAGGGUCCGAGGGCAAGUCCUCGAUCGAGCAGCUCACGGCGUCAGGCCGGUUGAGGUUCUGCACCUCGCUGCGCGAGGCCGUGCAGCACGCGACGGUUGUGCAGGAACAGGGGCCCGAGAACAUGCAGUUCAAGCAGCGGACAUGGUCUGAGGUGCUGCGCUACGUGGGCGCCAGCACGCACCUGUGGUCGUCGACGAGCGGGAUCCCCGCGAGCCAGCAACUCGCGCACCUCACCGCCACCACCGGUGAUCUUGAUCUCUCAGAAGAGGCCAUCGCCUCGGCCCGCGCGCGCCUCCUGAUCGUGCACCCAUUCAACCCGCCGCACCUGAUGCCGCUGCUCGAACUGGUCCCGUCGCCGAGCACCUCCGCCACCGAAACCGCAUUCGCAAGGAGCUACUUUUCCUCGCUGGGCUCGAUCCACCGCCCGAUCACGAUCCGCAAGGAGAGUGUGGGUUUCGUCGCGAACAGAUUGUCGUUUAUCCUGUUCCGCGAGGCGUGCCGGCUGGUGCAACAGGGUGUGUGCUCUGUGCAUGAUCUGGACGAGAUCGUGCGCGCGAGCCUGGGCCCCCGCUGGGCCGUGGCGGGGCCCUUCCAGAUGUACAACUUCGGCGGCGGCGUGCGUGGCAUGGCCGGCUUCCUCGACAAUAUCGGCGAGGCCAUCGACGCCGUCUGGAAGGAUGAUGCUGGCGACCAGAUCAGCAUGGAUGACGGUGAUGGGUCCGGAGGCUGGAAGGCCACCGUGAUCGAGCAGACGGUCGAGGCGUAUGGGGUGCCCAGCGCGGCCGAGAUCAAGAAAAGGGACAGGGCGUUGAAGGCGGUAGUGAAGGUUCAGGAGGAGCAGGCGCAGGCGCAAGAGCAGGGACAGAUGGAGCAAUGA